GAAGCCUUUCCACUCGCUGUGUGUGUAUCACGUGUCUCUUCUGUCCAUUCAUGGAUACAUGCGUGAGUCGAAUUCGUGUGUCGAGAAACGAUGAAUGGAUACAGGACAGACAUCGACUUGGUCUCAAUGUACUUGUGUGUGAGCGCUACAUCCAUCCAUCCGUCCGACUAUCCGAAAAGGAGCCCGCUGAGGUCUGACACGGCCUGCUUCUUGGUCGUGGCGCUGUACUGGGGCUGGUACCGCCGCAUCAGACCCACCAACGCACCCAAAUCCAUGCUCUGAAGGCAUACACAAAGACACAUACACACGCAAAUGCCUUUGUUCUGGUGCUCGCAUCCAUUUGCACACAUACCUGCAGCUUGGUCUUGGUCAGCCGAUCGGUCGUCACGCACUCGACCAGCUCCUGCAUGCACCACGCCACAUCGCACACAGAUACACACUUCCAAGUGAGUAAGUUGUGCGCUUUGCUUACGUCGCAGUCUAUGAGUCGGGUGCGUCUGCCUUGCUCUGGCUGCGGCCACCUGGGCCCCAGGACGGUGAAGAAGUAGUACACGCCCUUGAACGCCGCCUUGUCCAAAUAAGGCGGCAAGUUGCGCAACUCAAUGUCCAGCACCGGUCCUACACACACACAUACACAUACAUCCCUCCGUUCACCUGUGUGCCUCGGUGGGUCUGUGCAUGUGCCUUCUGUGCUUACGGUCCCGAUAGCGGUCCUCUGUGAGGAAGUACUCGUGCUGCUGGAACACCACCUCGCCGCGUAUCUCGUCGAGUGGCGGCUCCCUGCCCUUCGGAUACGGCCCCGCCACACGGAUGGUCAGCAGCACCUCCAGCUUCUUGUGCCACAUCAUGCUCAGGUCGGGCAGCCGCACCGUCACCAUCGUCAGGGAGCAGUCGAUGUGCCGAAUCUGCAGCACGGCCGGCUGCGGCACGUGCAGGUCGUUGUACUGCUGUUGCUGCUGCUGUUGUCGCUGUUGCUGCUGGUGGUAUUGGUGGUGGUUGUGGUAGCCUGGCGGGGGAGGGGGCGGGGGCGGCGCUGCGUAUGCGUCCUGCUGUUUGGCUUUGGCGGACUCGUAGUUGGGCGGUGAGAUGUAGGAGAAUGGGAUGCCGGCGGGGAUGGGGCCGUACCUGGAGCCGUUGGGGUGACCCCAGCGCUUCCAAUCCUGUAGAUGACGACAGCCAGACAGGACAGCACACGCAUAACAUUCAUUCAGGUGCGGGUGUGGCUGCCUGUCUGUGUCUGUCUGUCUGUCUCUCCGUACGUAUGAUGCCAGGUCGAUGUUGGAAUUGUUGAGCUUCGCCUUGGCGCUGUCCUCGUGCAGACCAACCUGACACACGCAGGAUGCAGCACACGGCAUACAGCCCAACACACACAUAGCGCCCUUGCCCUCUGCCCUUCCAUGUCUCACCUACCUGCUUGAAGGCCUUGUCGGCGAGGGUCUUGCUCUCGGGCGUGGAAUACUUGUCGGGGUGCAGCUUGAACUUGAGCUUGCGGGCGUUCUUGUCCAACUGCAUCCAGACAUCAACACACUCACAAAUGUCGGCUGUUGGCCGGUCUGUGUGUGCGUGUCUGAGCCUCUGUUAUCGACCGAUGUGGUGGACAGCUUUUUGUCGGAGGGUGCGAAUCCGAAGCAGAAGAAGGGGUUCUCCUGGGCGUCGGGCAGCCGGUUGAGCCACGCCAUCACCUCACGCAGGAAGUGGUCUUGCUCUGCGAUGCGCGCCUCCUCCGCCAGACGCUGUGCCUCGUCACGCUCCUACACACAGACACAAAGAGACAGAGGGGUGCAUCCAUGGCAGGGGAGAGGGCAUGGUGGGUGCCCUGCGCACCUGAUCCUCUUGUCCUUUCUUGUCGCGUGCUGCUUGUUCAGCCAUCUUGUCAUCGUCAUACUUCUGCUUGGCCUUGUCGAACGCCGCCCUGGCCUCGGCAGCGCCCCUCACACACCCCUUGGCACCCUCCAGCGCCUCUACACGACCCUUGUACGCAAACAACAACUGCAGAAGGGCACAGACAGGGAUACAGAAGGCGAGUAUGCGCGGGUGCAUGGAUUGGUGUGUGGGUGUUGUGCUGACCACACUAUCAGGGGCCUCAGGGGCCAGCGAUAGCAUCUCCCUCAGUGUGCCAUUCGGGCGGUCGAGGACGUCCCGCACGGCCCCGAUGUGUUGCAUCACCGUGGCCACGGACUCGGUCUUCUUCUGCUGCAGCUGACUGGCCACUUGCUGGUCAGGCAGGCCCGACAAAUCUGCAUACAUACACGCAGACAUACUCAUACAGACAGAUGAGAAGCCGCACAAAUGGGGCGGAGGAAAGGGGGGCUGACCGAAUGUGAAGAGACCGAUGUCCUCCAAAUGGCCUUCAAACGCGGCACGAUCGUCUGCACAGACGAACACACAAAUCCAUUCAUCUUCGUAUGUGUGUUGUUCCCUUCCCCCGCCCUCCCUCCUCGCGAUGCCUUUACCUAUGGGGUCCGUGAGCUGCAGUGCGGCGUAGGGGUCGUCGGUCUUGGCCAGGUGCACCAGGCUCUGCAUCAGCCGCUGCAACUGCCGCUCCCGCUUCUCCAACUUCUCACGCAGCGCUCGCACCUCCCCAUCAUCCCUCGGCCCUCCCACCCCCGCCCCCAUACCAACAUUCGCCCCAGCCCCCUCGUCUACUUCCAUCUUGACACGGCCCCCGUCUGGCUCUGCUUGCUCUUGUGGUGGCGAGAUGCCCCGCGACGGCUCGCGUAUCUCCUCAUCGUCGCUGAGCAAGUCAAUGGUGAUGAAGCGGGACCUCUUGCCGGGCCGCUGGUCGUCGGGCGCCUCCCUCUUGACGCCCACUGACGAUGACGAUGAGCCAGAGGGGCGGCCGGGGCCCUCCUCCUCCUUGUCGACGUCAAUGUCCUCCAUCUUGACCUCGGUGUUGCCCUCCUGCUGGUCGAGCUUCGACAGGAAAUCUUGCAGCGCCUGCUCGGGGUCACGACCUGUAUCGUAAAGACAGCAGAGGCACAUGAUGACGCCAUGCCUGUUGAUUGACUUGUCACCUUCGAUGAGGGUUUCGGUCAUGGUGACGGCCAUGUUCUUGUUGCCGCCGUUCUGGUACAGAAUGAGGGCCAGCAGCAGGUCGGAGGGGAGCAGGUCCUUCUCGCGCUUCUUCUGACCAACGAAUGCCAUAUCAAGAAUGCGUCCAUGGUCGCAUCUCUCCAUGCAUCUUUCCUCUCUCCGAACCUUGUAUUGCGAUUUGAUGACCUUGAGGAGGCUGCGAUAGCUCUGUUUUGGGAACUGGCGCCGCAGACUCCGGAUGAUGACCAUCGCCUUCCUGUGCGUGGCGGCCACCUGCAGGUGCAGCGGCUGAUCUCUGCUGCCAUUCUGCGGCGAGUCAUUGCUGCUGCUGGUCCGCUGCUGCUGCUCCUCGGCGGGAGGCGACGCCGCCAUCGGACUCGAUGUCAUGGCUUCCAAACACUCAAUUAUGGUCCAUCUGUAAGGACCAAUCAGCAUCUACCAGCCAUCUUUC